AUGGAGUAAAUAUAUGAGUGUUUGAUGAAAAUGCAGAGUUUCUUUUCAAAUCCGCACAGUCAAUUUGAGCCGUAGAUAGAAGCUUGUUUAGUAGGUAAUGGCUUUAUUAAAUUUCAGAACUUAAAACAUAUUUCAAAAAUAUGGAGACAUGGGAUUCAGAAAGUCCGAAUAUCUAAUUGUACUUUGAUCGUUUAUAAGAACUUUGGCAUAACUUUAAAAAGAAGAAGAAUUCUUCUCCUCAAAAUUUGCAAUGGGCAUAAUAAUAAUUAAAAGAGAUUAUUUCAGAAUACAAUGAAAUUGAAAAUUAUUAGAGUAGUGAUUACAGAUCAGAAAACAUGUAACUUAAAAAUGAAGUUAAUAUGCUUAAGAUGCAAUUAGAUUGUAUGUAAAGAAAGCAGCAAAAAGAAAGAAUAGAUACCUAACAUUUUUAAAGAGCUGCUGAGGAGUUAAAAAAUAAAAAUUAAACGAUCAAAAAAUUAUAAAAGGAAGUUUAACGAUUAGAAGAAAAGCGUUAAGAAGACUAAAAGAGACACUCAGAAAUGAUCCAAAAUGUAAAAAAAAAUUAAAUACAAAAUAAACCUUUUGAUGUUAAGCAACUAGAAGAAGAAAAUAUGAGAUUAAAAAGCAUGAACAUCGAAUUAAUGCAAGAAGUUUAAAAUUUAAAAGAAUAAUUGAAAGGCAAGGAUUUUCUAAUUUAAGAUACAAGAGAGUUAGAAAAGAAGAGAGAGGAAGUCUAGAAAUUACAAACAGAAAAUAGAUCUUUGGAAGAAUAUAUAUCCUAACUUCAAGACGUAUUUAAUCUAAUUAUAUUGAUUAGUAAUUAAAUUUAGGUAAAUAAAAUGACUUAGAAAAUUAAAUUGGAUAAUUGGAUACUAAAAUUAAAUAGUAAGCAACUUAAUUGCAAAAAGCCAAUGAUGAAAAUAAAAUCCUAUAAAAACGAAUUGAGUAACUCAAAUAAUAAAAUUAAAAAUAAAUUCAAAAAACAUUAGAACCUUUUGGAAUCCGAAUACUUCCAGAAAUCAAAGGAGUUUAAUCUCACUUUAAUGCUGUUAUGCAUUUACUAGAAGUAAUAACACCUUUUUCAGCCGUAUUAACUGUUACUGAUAAAAUAAGUUCAAUAAUUCUCAAGUUCAUUACAUACAUUCGAAAAGAAGCAGAGCAAUUUUCUCCAUAAACAGCAAAUUAAUUGUAAGAAUUAUUGAGAAUUGAAUUAUAAAAUGAUAAUAGAGCAAAUGAUUUCUUAUUUUAAAUAAUCGAUCAUCUCUCAAAAGCAAUCAUAAAACAGGAUGAAUAAAAAUCUUAAAUAGCAUCAAUAAUACAAACCUAGGAUUCUCCUAUAUAUGAUCAAUUUUUCUUUUUACAAAGAGUUUUUCCAAUGGAUUUAGAAAGUAAAAUUAAUUCUAGUAUUAUUAGUUCAAUAAAAUGAAGUACCCUUAAUUAAUAGUAUAAAACACAUUAGAUAUUUUGAAGCCAUUAUAUAGCCUGGAAUUGAAUUUUUUACAUAUUUGCAAGGUUUAAUUAAACUAGAAGGAUAAGAAAAUUUAAUUGAAGAUAAUGUUGGAGAUUUUAAUUUCUUGAUUUUUCCAUAAUACUUAAUACUUAACGUUUGUGAGUUAUCCUUACAAAAGGCAGACGUUAAAAUAUCAUAUAAGUUACCAUCAAGCUGCUUAAAUUAAAAUUCCUAAGAUUUUGAGUAUUCGCUGAUAUCAAUUGUUCAUUGCAGUGAUGGUUUAGAUGGAUAACCUACAUAUUCAAUAACAUUAUGCAAAAAUAAUAAUUGGGUUUAGAUCUAAAAUGAUAAUGCAAUAUCUAUUUCCAUCAACGAAUUACUUACAUUUAAAUAACCAUACAAUGAUAAAGAAUUGUUAAUUUACAAAAGAACUAAAAAAUGAAAUAUUUAUG